UAAAGAAGAGAGAGAGGGUGGUUGAUAGCGCAUGCACACAGCAAGGGGAAUUAUUAACGACGGAAAGUGGAAGUGGGAAAGGAGGAACAAAAUUGGUUAUUUCCUAAAUGGGAAUUGUGAUUCUUGAUUUAGUCCUGCAGGUAGCUAGGUACUACAGAGAUUAACGAAUGCUGCAAAAACCAAAGUGAGGCUGUUUUCAGCAGCAGCGACGCUUCGCCGGGAUUAGCCCACUAGGCUGCUUAGUUCUCACGGUGGCCAGGGUGGCUUUGUACCCAAGGUGCUGCGACCAUCCUCGUGUCCCGGUGCGUGCAGGUGUUGGCUACGAGCUCCGCGGACUGCAUCCCUGUAAUCCAGGACCAGGUUGCCCCUAUGGAUCGCUUCAAUGGAUGCCUCCAAACCCGCUUUUGACAACAACCUGAGUCCCAGCAGAAGGUACGUGUCUUCUCCUCCAGAUGGGUUGGAAACUGAAGCGUUUUGCUGGCCGGAGAAUGACACUGUCGCCGGGACAGUCGGCGUUGAUGCUCCGGCUAGCGGCCCAGGAGGACCGGACCUCUCAGGCUACUGGACCGCUGUGUUCGACUAUGAUGCUGGGGCGGAAGACGAGCUCAGCCUGCGAAAGGGUGACCUGGUGGAGGUGCUGUCGAAGGACUCGUUAGUGUCCGGGGACGAGGGCUGGUGGACGGGGCUGAUCGAGGAUCGGGUUGGCAUUUUCCCCAGUAAUUAUGUCAGUAUUGGGAAUGGAAUCUCUGAGAAAAUACGGGACAGAGACACGUCAGUGAAGGAGUACUCUGAUUACGCCGUGCCUUCACUACACCUUCUGGAGGUUGACUUCUCGGAGCUGACCCUGGAGGAGAUCAUCGGGGUGGGUGGUUUUGGGAAGGUGUACCGUGCCAUGUGGCGAGGGGCGGAGGUGGCGGUGAAGGCUGCGAGGCGGGACCCCGAUGAGGAGGAGGGACAGAUCCUAGAGAGCGUUCGUCAGGAGGCCAAGCUGUUUGCAAUGCUGCACCACCCCAAUAUCAUGGCUCUACUGGGGGUGUGUCUCCAGGAGCCGACACUGUGCCUGGUGAUGGAGUUUGCCCGGGGAGGACCGCUGAACCGAGCCCUGUCAGGGAAACGUAUCCCACCAUGCACCCUGGUAGACUGGGCCGUGCAGAUCGCCCGUGCCAUGCACUACCUCCACUGUGAGGCCAUCGUCCCCGUCAUACACAGAGACCUCAAGUCUAGCAACAUCCUGAUCCUGGAGAAGGUCGAGAUGGAGGAUCUGACCAACAAGACCCUGAAGAUCACUGACUUCGGCCUGGCGAGGGAGUGGCACCGUACCACCAAGAUGUCAGCCGCCGGCACCUACGCCUGGAUGGCGCCCGAGGUCAUCCGCUCCUCCACCUUCUCUAAAGGCAGCGACGUCUGGAGCUACGGUGUUCUUCUGUGGGAGCUGCUGACGGGAGAAGUCCCAUUCAGGGGCAUUGAUUGUCUCGCGGUGGCAUAUGGAGUAGCCAUGAAUAAGCUGGCGUUGCCCAUCCCUUCUACCUGUCCAGAGCCCUUCGCCCGUCUUAUGGGAGACUGCUGGAGUCCAGACCCCCACCUACGACCUCUCUUCACCAGUAUCCUGGACCAGCUGACAACUAUAGAGGAAUCGGGUUUCUUCGAGAUGCCAGUCGAGUCCUUCCACUCCCUGCAGGACGACUGGAAGAUGGAGAUUCAGGAGAUGUUCGACCAGCUCAGGGUCAAGGAGAAGGAGCUGAGGUCGUGGGAGGAGGAGCUGAGUCGUGCUGCGCUGCAGCAGAAGAGCCAAGAGGAGGAGCUUAGGAGGAGGGAGCAGGAGCUGGCGGAGAGGGAGAUCCACAUCCUGGAAAGAGAGCUGAACGUUAUCAUCCACCAGCUGUAUCAGGAGAAACCCCGUGUGGAGAGCAGGCAGGGCAAGUUCAGACGCUCACGGCUCAAACUGAAGGACGGGAACAGGAUCAGUCUGCCUUCAGAUUUUCAACACAAGAUCACCGUGCAGGCCUCUCCCUCUCAUGAUCGAUGCAGGAGUUUACUGGGUAGUCUCUCCAGCCCUCCCACCAGUCCCCAGGCCCCGUUACUACCACGCCUCAGAGCCAUACAACUGACUCCUGGAGGUGAGGGGUGUAAAGGUUGGGGCCGGUUGGAUGAGGAGGAAGAGAAGAGAGGCUCCAGGAAGAAAGGCCGUAUCAGGGGCUCACACAGAGAACACAGUGAUGAUGAGAGCAUCAAGGUCCCUCAGGAGGGGAACAGACAGAGGUCCUGCAGCGCCCCAAAUCUCCGCAGGUCACCGAGACACAGCCCUGCCAUACCAGGGGUACCCAGCCUCACUGAGAUGGAGAAUGAAGACUGCUGUUACACCACUGACCCAGGGGCCAACGCAUCCCCCAGCCAAUCCUACCUCUGCAUCCCCUUCCACAAGGAGGGGCCUGUUGCCGAUGGUAACGCAGGAGGAGGCGGGGAGUACUACCCUAGUUACCGUAGCACCCAGGCCCCGGACACGCCCCCCAGUAGGAAGAGUCCUGCCGGGCGGGGGAGGUCAGAGCUGGUGCUACUGGGGUGUGGGGCCUUGCUGGCUGCAGUAGGACUGGGCUUCAAUAUGACGACUCUGGCCCAGCCUGGGACUGGUUCUGGGUCUGGGACUGAGGGGGCUGGGGAAAGCAGCAAGGCACCUCGCUGGGAGGGAUUCUUCCACCGUACAGGGACAGGGGGCCAGAGACGGAGCACCAGUCCCCCCACACGCAAGCUCUUCAGGCGGGGAGGGGACAAGGAGAGCCCCCUGAAGCACUCGGUUGCCCUGGUGACGGAGCGGGUUGGAGGCGGACUGUUUCCGUCCUCUCUCACACUGCUGUCACUGUCGUCUGUGUCGGACUGUAAUUCUACGCGGUCUCUGUUACGAUCUGAUAGUGAGGAACUGUUGGUCUACCGCACUGCCUCUCCCCAGGCCCCUGUUCAGCCUGCUGUCCAGCCCCACACCUCUGUUCACCCCCAGCCCCAGCAUGCCUCACUCAACCCCUUGGUCAACACACACCUGGAGAGCUUCAAGCGUCACCCUCGGCAGUCCCUGACCCCGACCCAUCUUCCCUCCGCUCCUUCCUCCUCACGUUGUCUACACCGUACUCCCUCCGACGGAGCGAUCGAGACACGCUGCCCUCCAAACUAUAUCCACCCUUUUCCUUUACCUGUCAGAGCAGCUCUGGAGCCUUCAGAUGGAGGUCUCAGGGGUCUUAGUGACAACGUAUCCCAGGUUCCCCGGUUGCCAGAUCCAAAUCUGGUGUUUCCCCCUACACCGCGCCGCCGCUGCCCUCCUGAACGACCCAAAACCCUGGACUUCCUGGUUAGACCACGUCCCUCGCCACGGGUACGCUGCGACGUCUUCCUGGGCCAGUCACCUGGACGGGGCAGAGGAGGGGGGCAGGGCAAUGGAGAGUCCCCAGCCCACACCACCAGCACAGACACCCCUCCCACGGUGGAGUUUGGCAGGGACAUGACCGUGCUUCCUACCCCCUUGGAGCCCCCGACACCAUCCCCAAGGAGGGGACACAGUCUGGAGGCCCCGACGCCCUCACCAAGGAGGGGACACCCACUGCUAACCCAUCACAUGGAGCCCAGAGACAUGGAGGUACUAGCCACCCCCAUGGAGCCCCCUUACGCCUGCUCAACCUCCCCGCGGCGGAGGGGGGACAGUCUGCUGGACCAACAGGACGAGGAACAGUGUCUGGACCCAACCCUCCCACUCUGCAAACCCGAGUCCCAGUUUCCCAAAUGUUCCCCGUACCGCUACCGGCCUGGGUUCUUUUCCUAACCUGGUCCAGUCUAGGUUCUGGUCCUCCUCUGGUCCAACCUGGGUUCUGAUCCUAACUCGGUCCAUCUAGCGCUACCAGCUUGGGUUUUGGUCCUAACCUGGUCCCUCUAGCGCUAUUGGCCUGGGUUCUGGUCCUAACCUGGUCCAGUCUGUGUUCUGGCCCUAACCUGGUCCAGCCUGGGUUCUGGUCCUAACCCAGUCUCCGUACUGCUACCAGCCUAACUUUGGAUCCUCUCUUAAAAACACCAACAGAAUCCUUUCCGGGAGUCCUAGAAAUACACCCAGCCCACACUGUUGCAGAGGAGGGGAGGAGGACUGGGCCAGCCAGCCCACACUGUUGCAGAGGAGGACUGGGCCAGCCAGCCCACACUGUUGCAGAGGAGGGGGGAGGACUGGGCCAGCCGGCCCACACUGUUGUAGAGGAAGGGAGGAGGACUGGGCCAGCCAGCCCAUACUGUUGGAGAGGAAGGGAGGAGGACUGGGCCAGCCAGACCACACUGUUGCAGAGGAGGAGAGGAGGACUGGGCCAGACCACACUGUUGUAGAGGAAGGGAGGAGGACUGGGCCAGCCAGAUCACACUGUUGCAGAGGAGGAGAGGAGGACUAGGUCAGACCACACUGUUUUAGAGGACAGGAGGAGGACUGGGUGAGACCACACUGUUGCAGAGGAGGAGAGGAGGACUGGGUCCACUAUUAGGCUCUAAGGCUAUGGAUUGUUCAUGUGACAACAUUAUAUUUUAGUCUGGUCUGAGGAGUUCUUCUCUCACUGCAGACAGGAACCCUAUCCGGAGCAAUAUAUUUAGGAAUCUGGGACAUUGAGGUUUCUGCAUCAUGAUGCAUUUUAACAUGACACUACCACAUUCUAUAACAGCCAUAUUAUCUCCCCCAUUAACAUGACACUACAACAUUCUAUAACAGACAUGUUAUCUCCCCCAUUAACAUUACAUGGAGAAUAUUUAAACAAUGCCACUGAAUGUCUAGAAUUUAAAACAAUAUUCAACCUUCUAAAAGUUUGACCUACUCUUUAAAUAUAUGGCUCUGGUCCUGUUUGUCCAUUAUGAAAGUGGAACUGGCAGCUAAUUUGAGUUACUUUGCAGAUACGAAACAAACAGACAAUCAUAAUAUCAGUCAACAAAUAUCAACUUCCCGGUUCAUGCUACAAAACCAACAUUAGAAGAGGUUUAAAAAAAAAAAGGUACUAUAUUUGACUCAAUGACUCCAUGACGUACACUAAGGCAUUGUUGUCAGAAUAGAUGGAUGCAGUUCAAUGCAUGAUUAAUAUAAUUCACCAAUACAUUUCUUGGUGGUCAUCUGCCUCCACCCAUUCAUCUGCCUCCACCCAUUCAUCUGCCUCCACCCAUUCAUCUGCCUCCACCCAUUCAUCUGCCUCCACCCAUUCGGGAUGCACUGUUUCAGUUUCAAUGACUCGAUAUUUGACAAAAACGGACUAAUGUAGCUAAGGCUAAUGACAAUACAAUCAAACUAGCAAAGGGCAAUGGUCACAAGUGAAUCAUAACAUGGCUAAUAGGUUAGCCUAUCUAUUGAUAGUGCAAGUUAAAAACACAGGGCCUGACAUUAGCUAGCUAUCUGCUGGGAGGAUAUCAUGUCAUUGGAGGAGUGAGUGACCUCUUUACCACCCCCCCCCCCCCCCCCCCCCCCCCCCCCUCCCCAUCCUCGUGUUUCGGUGGCCACAGCUCGAGAGACACAGGUGUCAUUUGGUUAGCUAGCAAGAAAUAAAAAAAAUCGCUUCGCUAGCUAGCUAUGCUGAACUUGAAUGACUGGUAUCCAGUUAGCAUAUCUCUUGCGUUUGUAAAUUCACUCUGGCUAUCUACUCCGAUUUUAGAGCACUCUCGUCUGAGUGAAUUGUCUGAGAGCGCAGAAUAACUGAUGAAUGCCCGCUGAAUAUGACCGGUGUCGGUAAACUUUGGCAAAAAAUGUAAUUAAAUUGUUGCCAGCAGCACAGUUAGUCACCAACGCUCUGGAUAACAUGAAAACAGCCUAACCAGCUCUGCUAUGGAGAGUUAAAUGGUCAGAGAGAGGUGUUCUCUCAGUUGUGUCUGGAAGUAGCUAUCAAACUAGCCAAAAUUAGACAGUUAGCUUGGAUGCUUGACUGCGGUUGUGAGGAACGCUCGGAUCAACCCUCAGCAACAGCGUUCAGUGUUAUUAGUACAGUGUAUGUUUGAAGAGCGAAACGCUCUGAAUUUACGAACCCAGAGCGCACGCUAACACACUGGAGGCAGUUUACGAACCCAGAGCGCACGCUAACACACUGGAGGCAGUUUACGAACCCAGAGCGCACGCUAACACACUGGAGGCAGUUUACGAACCCAGAGCGCACGCUAACACACUGGAGGCAGUUUACGAACCCAGAGCGCACGCUAACACACUGGAGGCAGUUUACGAACCCAGAGCGCACGCUAACACACUGGAGGCAGUUUACGAACCCAGAGCGCACGCUAACACACUGGAGGCAGUUUACGAACCCAGAGUGUCAUAGAUCAAAUGGGUGGGAAGGCAAGUUCCCAUUCAGUUCUCAAAGCGUGGGUUGGAACAAGCAUGCGUCAAUCGGCAGGCAUCCUGCAGAAGUACGAGCAGGCUACUAUUCCCCAUCGUUUAUAGGUGCAAUUCUGACAAGCAACUAGCUGAAAAAUGUUAUCUAAUGUUCCCUCUUUAGACUUGAGCUCAUCUCGCUCUGGCUAGCAUUAGUUGUUGAUCUUGUUGUUGAUGAUGUGUAUAACUGAGGGAGAGAGAGAGCCUAUCUUUUCUUGGAUGUUUUAUCAAUUGGACUGUAAAGUUCCCAAAUGUAAGAGGACUCCUGUGGUAUUUUAUAUAUUUACAUAAAUCCUUUCAGGUGUAUUUUGUGUUUUUUUGCGAAUGAGAUGUAAUGAUCUCAAGUCACACUGUUGCUACUGCCUGUAAAUACACAGUCCAGUUCAAAGUGAAUGAUGGCAGACCCUACUUCCUGUAAACACACAGUCCAGUUCACAGUGAAUGAUGGCAGACCCUACUUCCUGUAAACACACAGUCCAGUUCACAGUUAAUGAUGGCAGGCCCUACUGCCUGUAAACACAUAGUCCAGUUCACAGUGAAUGAUGGCAGGCCCAUAUGGCUUAUUUGCAUAAAAGCCUACUGUAGCUCUGAUUGGCUAUGGCACACCGGUCUGCAUUGACUCUGGUCCUGGAUGAGACAGGUGCUUUUAAUGAGGGUUUUAUUUACUGCAGUGUCUACUAAUUGUCCAAAACGCACGGCUGCUUUCCCACUCUAUGUUGAUAUAGAAUUUUCACAAAUGCCUUACUCUACGUCAUUCCUAAACAUUCUAUGAUUUUAUGAAAACCUGAAAAUGACGAUAUCUAAGUGCUUGUUUGUCAGAAAAUGUAAAAAAAAAAAUAAUAAUAAUAAUAAAUAAAAAAAUAUUCUUCCUGGGGGUGUAUAUGAACAGAUUGUAAUACGAUUUCCUGUUGUUAAAAACACUGUCAGUUCCACUUUAGGCUUACUGUAAAUCCCUAUGACAAUGAUGAUGCUAUGGCUGGAGUUUCUCUUGGCUGGGAUAAUGGCUUGGAUCCAGCAAAAGGCCUAGGGCGCUGAUAACUUCACAAAGCUUUACACUUUUUAUUUUGUAUUCAAGAGUUCAAGAUUGUGCAUUUUC